ACUGCCAGGGUUUCUGGUACCAUGUCUUCCUGUUGUAAAAUGAAUAUCUUUUCAUUUUAUAGACAUUAAACUUUUGUAUGUAAAUUAUGGUAUUUCAGCAUGUGAACUAAAAUAAAGUAAUAUAAUUUAUUUAUGAACAAUAAAAUCAUGUUGGAAUUUGGCAUUUCGUGGAAAAGGAGUGGUUAUAUUUUGCUGAUUGGUAUUUUCGAAAUACUUUCACAGCUAACUGCUGCAGACUCAAGUUCGAACUUUACAUGGUCUCACCUUCAUUCAUCAACAGUUUCUAAUUCUACACCAGUUUCUAAGACAUCGUCGUCUGACUCUAGUGGUGUAUUUACUACAUUACUGAACGCUAUUUCGCCAACACCUAGUUUUAUAGAUACCAGCUCAACAAUUGCGCCGAACCGAUCUGGAUCUAUUAUUAAUACAGACAGAUAUGCGAACAGACAAAUAACCAGUUCUGACGUAAAAAUGUCGGAAUCUUCUCGUUUUAAUACAGACGUUACUGUUUUAACUUCUUCAGGGUCAAAUUCAUCCGCUAAUGUAAAUUUCAAAUCUAAUUCACAAAUGAACGCAACUUUUUCAUCAAGUGCAAUGCUACUUUCCACAAACAUUCCUGUUUCCAUAUCACGAGAAUCGAGCAUAAUAUCAAAGUCUGCGACUAAUAAAUCAGUUUAUGCAAGUGUUUAUUCCAGUAUGUCAACACAGAACGUAUUUAAUAAUAUAGUUACAACUACAACUUUGACAAUGUCGUCUUCGUUCGCACCACACAUACCUAGUCCUGCGACCAAUUUCGCGACAGACCAUUUACAUGAAUCCACUUCUCAAACGCUGUAUUUUUCAAAAAGCUCUGGUACUCUUUCGACGUCUACUUUGAAAUCUUCUUACUUCGUUACUUCGGGUUCAUUGCCUCAAAAUGCAGUUACACUACCAGCUACAGUUUCCUCAAUGACGAGUAAACCAAAUACAAUUUCCUCAACGGCGAGUAUAUCAAAUAUAACUAAAUCAGUAGCGGCAAGUAUACCAAGUACAGUUUUACCAAUGGCGAAUAUACAAAGUACAGUUUCACCAACGGCGAGUAUAUCAUCGAUGACUCCAAACGUAUCACUGGUGAUCAAGCCUCCGCCUUUACGGCCCAUCACACCGCCAACUAUAACUACAUCAUUAAAAAUUUGCAGAACCGGAAGUUGUUGUACUUACGGUCUCAGCCAGCUUCCGUCUCGUCUCAGCUUUAAGGAAUCAGAAACAAGAGGAUUUGUGAUUGCGGAAGUACGUGAUAUCGCCAACGUCAAUUUUUCCGUGAAGGUAAUACGACCUUUAGAACUGACCAACAUCCUUAAAGACAGCUUCAAUAUUACGACUACCAAAAAUGGGUACAUGUUGGUUCUCAACCGAGAAAUUGACCUGGAAGAGUUGUACGAUAAAACCGAUGGAAAAGUUGAUGUUCACAACUUGCAGAUGCAGAUCAGUUGUACCGAAAACUCUAGCAUUAUAGUUCCGCCGCGCAUGCUUAACAUCACUGUGGAUGAUGUGGAUGACAAUAUGCCAGUCUUCAAACAACCCGGUACAGACUCGGACGGAUGUGUAGUACCAGUCUAUAAGGCGGACACAAGCGAGGAUUAUAUGGGAGAGCUUGCUCUGAGUCCUGGGAAAAUCCAAGCUGUAGACGGAGAUGUCUCAUCGAGACAUAACAUCUCGUACAGAGUUCUGCACUCGGAACCUGCGGAUUAUCACGUGUAUUUCAGUUUAGAUACUGACAACGGAACAGUCAAUAAAACAAAGACCAUGAACUCUAGCGACCCGAACAAAUACGUCAUCUUUGUACAGGCUGUGGAAGACUCCCCGCAACAAAAGUCCAGAGUAGCAGUUCUUUCAAUCGCCGUCGUCGCCCCUAGCGAUCCUUUUACAAACCCAAACCAAGUGAACCCGACGGCGAGGCUGGCUUUGCAGAUUGCCUGUGCGUUCAUAUUGAUGGCGUUCAUCUGUGGAGUGGUCGUUAUCGUGCACCAUAGAUAUACGCGCUCACGAGGAAAGGUGGAAUCUACGGACAAAGAUGAAGAGCGCGAUAUGAAACUGCCCAAACUUGCAGUUUAUCAGAGCUCAAGUUCGAGUCUUAACUCAGCAAUGCCGGAAAUUCCGACAAUUUGUAGUCCAUCCCAAAUAGCUAUGGCCAGUGAGCACACAUUAAAACCAGAAACACCCCGAGAAUCCGAAUCCCAGAGGAAACGGCGAAUAAUUGUGAAGAAACCGAUCGACACGAAAUCACGACCAAGCUGGAACGCUCCGGCGCCUCGGCCACAGAGGACUCGCUACAAUCCGUUCAUGGUUUACAAAACACAACAUUCUAAAUCAUAGUAAAUGAACGCAUCCUUUAUGUCAGCGACGCCAUAUUGCCACUACAAAAAUAGCUUUGGCAACCGUUCGUUACAUCAGAGUAGGUAAUCGGGCAGUUGACCAGAUAGACUGACCUUCUUAGGACCUUUCCUUUGAAAGGAUAUUAUGCCAAAAUUAUAGUCAAUCUACAUUCGACAAAUGAAAACAAACGGCAUAUAUAAAACAAUUUAAUGUAAAUAAAUAAAAUUUAAGCCGGAGCGCAACCACAAGAUAUUCUUUAUUACAGACAUGCCGUGUUCAUUUUCUGCAGACGCUGCUGGUGGCGUUUUACACUGACUACCGUGCAGGAAUAUGCCUACAUUAUGUGACCUUCAACUCGGCAUCUGUAGAUGCACUGUAGAAAUGAAAUAACUUAUAACUAUUGUCGAUUAUUGCAAAGAGAAUCUAUAACAAUAAACAGCGGAAAUUGUGAUAUCAAAGAUUUUAUUACUUGACAGAUUCUGAUUAUUAUAUUUUUUCAUGUAUAAAAUUAUUUACUUUGAUAAAAUGUAUGUGGACUAGUUUAAAGGAGAAGUUAGAGGCCCAUGCAGCUCCUCUGUUUGUCUGAUAAAAGUGGUACAGUAUAUAUACAGG